CACAGCGCGCGUACAUGGUGCCAAGCACAUACAAAGUAGAUCGACCGGCAUUCGAUUUUCUUGCUCGAAACCAGCUUGGUUUCCUCUCACUUCAUUUUGUGCAUGCCGGGUUGAAGUUUCAAUCAGCUUUCCACGAAGCAGCGAAUAUAAGUACUUCUCCGCACAUUUCCACGUUAGCCGUUGCAUUGACCCACUUGUCAAGUCUUCUGCAACUUUUUGCAUUCGCUGAUUUGCAUCGAUUUUUUCUUGUUACUUCGAAGAAUGCCUCGUCAGAAGCAGUCUGUUCCAGUCAGCCAGAAGGCAAAAAAAACUAUCGUUCAGCCCAUCCGAAGGGUCGGAGGUCCACCGAUGCGCCCGUCUGCUGCAGGAAAUACCGUCCGUUUCCGUCGCGAAAACACUCCCGAGCCGAGCACAAGUGCAUCGCCACCUCGAGGUCAACCGCAGUUUCGUGUUCCCGCGGUUCCGCCUUUACGGAGCCAAAAGCAGGAUGAACGCGCUAGGACCACUGGCAGCCGCCCAGCGCCAGGUUCCGGAAGGCCUCCGGUAGUGCAGAGCCAGGUUCAGGCCGCACGUAAACAUAAGACACCGAAUCGACGCCGUCGACGACCGGGAGUACUGGCUUUGAAGGAGAUCCGCUAUUUGCAGAACACCACGCACCACUUAAUUCCGCGUAUGUCCUUCAUGCGGUUGGUCCGAGAAAUCGCGCAGAAAUUCAUGCCGGAUAUCCGAUUCCAGUCUAAUGCUCUGGAGGCAAUUCAGGAAGGCGCGGAAUGCUUUUUGGUCAACCUAUUCGAAGACAUUAACUUGUGCGCCGUCCAUGGACGUCGCGUCACGAUCAUGCCGAGGGAUAUGACUCUAGUGCUGCGCUUGCGGGAGAAUUAUAAUCAAAGUCGCCGAUAUCGUACGCUUGACGAACGCGGUCUGGGUGUCCGACGCAUGUGAAGGAGCCACGAACCUCACGACAGACAACUGGACCUUGUCCAGCGAAUCAAUUAAACAAGACAUAGUUUUGCAUUUUCUUUAUAAAAUAAGCUAUUAGGCUGCAAAGCACAAUUAUAUAACAAAGGUUUACUUUUAUUCCGUAUCGGUGGUAUUCGGCAGCAUGCCAGAAUUGUUUACUUCCUGGUUUUGUGGUAUACUUUAGAGUUGAAGACGAAGUAGCCGUAUAGACAAUAUUCGACUUGCAAUUGAGAUGUUUGUUGUGUGUUGUAUAUAUGUUUACAUUAUUGUAAUAUGUAUAUUUAUUAUGUUUUUCUGUUUUGAUUACCUUGCCGAUGUUUGAACCUCACUCCGAAAAGAUUAUAUUACUUUAGUCGAUCAUUAUAGUUUCUGUUGCCCGGCAUGGCCGCUGUUGUGGCUCUUGACUAACGUACAUCAUCAGUUCGUGCUAUGUUUUGCGAUUACAAAGAAUUCGUUGUU